AUGCCGUUAAAUGAAUUUUCUUGUGAUGAAAGCAUAGAAGCUAAUGAAGAUCGCGAUUCACCAAACGAACUAGAAGGACAACAAGAAUCUGGUCGAGUUAAUCAAUACAUUGAUCAUGGUCUUCCGGUGCAAGUAGUAGCACCAACGGGACAUUUCCCACGAAAUAGUAAUGUUCCGCCAUCAAACUCCGCAGGUUCGAAUCCUACAAAUGUAGUAUGUCAUCCCGUGGAUUGUUCAAGAUCUUGUAUGGUAUCAACGAAUCAUGCGCAACGUUCACUUGCACUGAAGCGGCUUUGUCAAUCGGUACAACGAAGCGCACAUGGAAAGAAAACAAAUCGCCGGUAUUCUAAAAGAGUAUUGCUGUAUGAUUCAUGCCUUUCUUAUCCGACACAGACGAAAAUAGAUACCGUGAAUCUAAAUGAACUGGUGUUCAGUGGAACUGUGCGGCGCACAUCGUAA